CUCUUUAAAAUCAGCAGCCUUGCUGCUGAGUUGCUUGACACAACCUGUUGAUUUCGCUUCUGCAUCCGCACAGGGACACCGGGGACGCAGUUUUUUCACAUUACACUGAAAGGGGCAAAGUGCUGAAAUGAGAGCGCCGUGCGCUUGGUUUUGCGCGCUGCUCUGGAUCGGCAGCGCUGCUGCAGCGGUAGCGGCGGGACGCAAAGUCAACGACUCUUCACUUCUGGGAGAGGAGACGUUUCCCCUCACGGCGCAUUUGCGCAACGGUUCGGGGCGGGCGGGUAACCGUACUUCAGGGUUCCUCCUGUUGGACUUCGACGAGGGGAUGCUGGAGGACUGGCGCUCUCUGGCCAGCAAGAAGCGCCGCGGCGGGGAGUCGCAGGACGGCGGCGUCAAGGCGCUGCUGGUGGCCGCCUACUCCCUCAUCAUUGUCAUCUCCUUGUUCGGGAACACCCUGGUGUGCCACGUGGUGGUCAAAAACAAGCGCAACUUGUCCGCCACCAGCUUGUUCAUCAUGAACCUCGCUGUGGCUGAUAUCUUCAUCACCGUCCUCAAUACUCCGUUCACCCUGGUCCGGUUUGUGAACAGCACCUGGCUGUUUGGGAGGACAAUGUGUCACAUCAGUCGCUUUGUACAGUACUGCUCGCUGCACGUCUCUACUCUCACCCUCACCGCCAUCGCCCUGGACCGCCGGCAGGUGAUUUUGCACCCUUUGAGACCUCGCAUGUCCCUGACACAAGGCGGUGUUUGGGUUGCUGUUGUAUGGAUGAUGGCUAGCUGCUUCUCCCUCCCGCAUGCGAUCUAUCAAAAACUCCUGACUUUUAUGUACAGCAAGGAAAAAGAGCGCAGUUUUUGUAUCCCAGACUUCCCAGAGCCCGCAGAGGUCUACUGGAAGUAUAUUGACCUCCUGACCUUCAUAUUGCUUUACAUGCUGCCACUCCUCAUCAUCACCGCCUCCUACACCACAGUGGCCUGUCGGCUGUGGAGCCACAACACCAUCGGUGACACCACAACGGCGCAGCACGCUGCGCAGAGGAGAAAGCGGCGGCGGACGUUGGCCAUGUUGCUGCUGGUGGUCGGGGUGUUUGCAGUCUGCUGGUUCCCCCUCAACUGCUACGUGGUGCUGCUGUCCAGCCAGGCCAUCCACUCCUCUAACGCCCUGUACUUCUGCUUCCACUGGCUGGCCAUGAGCUCCACUUGCUACAACCCUUUCAUCUACUGCUGUCUGAAUCCAGCCUUCCGCGCCGAGCUGAGGCUCCUCUUCGACAUCUGCAGGAGGAAGCGAAGGGCGGCGGCGGCGGCGGUCGAGCUGGAGCCAGAGCUGCGGCCAGUAGCUCCUCCCCGUCACAGGACCGCCUGGCCCGACGACCACGAGGCGCCGGGGCCGAGGCCCGCUUUGUCCCGCACGGGGCCUGCCUCCUCGCAGCCGAGUCACACCACCUCCAGUCACUCCCACAACCUUAAAGAUACACAUGUUCUCUUCACGGCCAGACAGGUCCUCAGCGGGAAAAUUGACAUCCUCUCGGUGGAACCCAUCGUGGCUGUCAGCUGAGUGGGAAAUAACUGCCGCAGUUGGAAGGGGGUGGUGUUUUAAAACGGACAGGAAAUCAGAAAAUGCCAGAGCUGGCUCGGCGUGUCUUCACAGGAUGUUAAUAGAAGCAGAGGACAUGGUUUCAUUAGUGGCUUUAAAUAGAAGAUUUUAGAAGGUUGUUUUUGCAUCAGUUUGAAUUAGUUUGAAUACUAUUUCAAAAUGUAGUUUCUUAAUGUGCUCUCCCCCGAGUUGGCUUUCAUUUUGUCUAUAAAAAAAUGUUCAUCUUGAAAAGAGCAAACAAUUUCAGCAUAUGGUCCAUUAAGUAGAUGUUCUACAGCUUUCCACCAAUUUGUAUAAAGGAUUUUCAUACUGUUGCAUCAUUGAGACUAAAAUACGUCAAAUAAAUACAAUGGGAUGCAAACGCAGCUCAUUCAUCUUGUCACCUAAACCUUAUUUAUUGUACAAAAAUACAUAUCGGGCAUUGAUAUUCAUAUUCUGAAUAGGUCUGUCUGUCAUUUCUUUCAGCAGCCUUCACAGGUCUGCAUGACCACAGGAACAGUGGACAUACGAUAUGUGCAUGUUAAGAACAAAAUCAUGUUCAUAUUGAUCCACUGGUCCCAUUCAGUACAUGUUGCUACCCAAACUGCUUACCCAGAGUAUAGCGUGUUAAAAAACAAAGUGGUUAUAUGGUCGUUCUUCUAUGCUUGUUUUCUUUCUAUGUGUAUUAUGCCCUCUACUAGAGUAAUUUGAAUGACUUUAAAAACAGAUUUUCCCUCUGAAAAAUUUCCAUCAUAUUACAGAUGUGAGAGAACAAAAGGUCAAAAACAAUUUUUAGUUUUUUUUUUUUAAACCCAAGCAGCUGAAAUGAUACAAUAAAUAAAAGUAAUGGUGCUGAUGAUUUUCAGAACAAUCUGGAGUAGAAAAGAACAGCAGCAUUUAGCUGAGAAAAGAAGGCAUUAUCUUUACAUUCAGAAUUUGUAGCUGAAUAAGUUAAAUAGAAAUGUAUGUUAAUCAAACAGUAAUAUAACAAAAAGCAGGAUUGCAGGGAAGAUGUAGAACACGUGUUUGCCUUGUGAACAAAAUAUAUUGUUAUGUUGUAUGUUAAAAUGUUCCUUUGUGCAUGUUUUAUUUAAAAGAAACUGAAACUACUUUACUUUUGGAUUGUCGGCUUUUGGGCAACUGAAGAAAUUAUCAUCAGUUCAUAAAUGCGAACAACAUUGUGUUUUGCUGUUUGUUACUGUGAAUGUUUGUCAUUGACUAAAAUAAAUGGUAUUUGGCUUGAUCAUA